UUGGGGCCUGGCCUGCGGCCUGCCGAUUGGCCUCGUUCCCCGCGGCCGCACGCACGGGCGCAGAAAAGCGCCGGCGUGCCGGGAGGACGCGUGUCCUGAAACUGCCGGCUGCCGUUCGCGGAUGUCCCCGUUGGAGGGGGGCUGUGGUCCGCGGCCGACGUGUGGGACGCGACCGACGCCCGAGGCUGAUACGCUCGGGGAGCCCCACCGUUCGAAACCUCAAAGUUUCAUAGGCAGCCCGAGGGCCGAAGCCACGUGCCGGGGUGCGUACCACACUCCCACUCCAACCUCGCCGCCUCCGCCCACUCGCCUUUUCUUGCCCCGCGGCGCCUCCCGUCUCGUUCCCUCCGCGAUGAGGCGGCGCCGCCGUCCGGCUAGGGCUAGUCGCCUCCCGUCGUUCCGCGAUCGAUGACGCAGCGGUGCCGCGGGCGAGCGUUCGGCCGAGUGCCGGCGCGCCGCGAGAGCUCCGCGGCGCCGGAAUGCUGGGCCGCCGCCGCAACGCGGGCUGGCUGCUGGGCUCCGGCGUGGUCCGGGCGCUCCGGAGGACCGCCAUUGCGUCGCGGCUGCUGUCCGUGGUCCGCCACGCCGCGAGCGAGCGCUGGCCGGGCACCCGCCGCCGCCGGCCCUCCGUCUCGCCGGAUUCCCACAGCUGCUGCCGCUACCCGGGCGUCUGGGCUGUGUCCCGGAUGCCGGCGCCGCGACGACCCGUGCAGCACCGCCCGCCCGUGCACGGCCGUCGAGCUGGCGCCGCCAGUGCUGGGUGGGCACCCCCGUGCGCGCGCUGGUCGCUCGCCGCGGGGCGCGCCGAGUGGCAGCCAGCCAUCCGCCUUGGCGCCCAGCCCGCGGCACCGCUGCGUCUCGCCUCGUGCACGCCGCAUGCGCGCCGCACGUGCGGAAUCGGGAACCGCCCAAGCAGGUCUGGACAAGGCGGUGAAAGGCAAAUCAGAAAUCACCACGCGCGCGGCGUGAACUGGUCCGGCCGUGGCGACCCCGAGCCGAGCCGGAGCCGAGGCCGAGCCAGGCGAGCCGAGCCACCGGACGAAGCAACUCAAGCAAGCAAGCGGGGGCCGGAGGCGUGGAGUGGGUGGCGCUGGGUAUAAAGUGCCCCCUCUCUUCCCUUGCAUGGACGCCGACCGCAUUCUCUCCCUCCCUCUCUCCUCUCUCUCCUGCGAGGACCACCAGGGAAGGAUAUCAAGCUCCACUAUGGCACGUAGUGUGCCUGUGACAGCAAUGGCUACUGAGAGUGGUGAGAAUGGAAGACUUUGUUAUGCCGUGUCAGCUAUGCAAGGAUACCGUGACACUAUGGAAGAUGCUCACAGAGUUGUUUUAGAUCUUGAUGCUGCAACUGCCACAUCAUUCUUUGGUGUUUAUGAUGGCCAUGGAGGACCUGCUGUUUCAAAGUAUUGCGCAAAACACUUACACAAUGAGCUUCGCAAACAUGCAGACUUUGGUCGUGAUCCCAUUGCUGCACUUGAGAGAACGUUCUUAAGGAUGGAUGAGAAGAUGAAAACCAGGAAGGCAGCAAAGGAAUUAUGUGAAUAUGGUGGUAAUGAAUAUUGGGAGAACUAUAAAAAGGCUAUACACAGCAGUCGUUUUCUACCUAUCUGUGGGGAGAAGCCUCCCUAUGAUGGGCCAACUUCAGAUGGAUGUACCGCAUGUGUGGUUCUCAUUAGAGGCAACCAAAUCAUUGUAGCAAAUGCUGGUGAUUCUCGUUGUGUACUCUCAAGGAAUAGUCAGCCAAUGGCGUUAUCCACCGAUUUUAAACCAAACGUUCCAAGCGAAAGAAUAAGAAUAGAAAAUGCGGGACGUACUGUAACUGUAACUGAAGCAAGAGGAAAUAUCCCUCGUAUUGAUGAAGGAAUUGCGAUCUCAAGAUCACUUGGUGACAUGACGUACAAGGAUAUCGAAGGUUUAUCUCCCCUACAACAACCAAUGACUGCCCUUCCUGAAGUUCGCACUGAAGAUAUAACUCAUGAUUCCCAGUUUCUUAUUAUAGCAUGUGAUGGAAUCUGGGAUUGCAUGACAAACCGGCAAGCAAUUGAUUUUGUAAGGAUAUACUUAGAGUCUAACGUAAGCCUGGCGGCCAUCUGUGAGGCCAUGCUUACACACUGCCUAGCAACCCCUAGAGGGAGGGACAACAUGACUGUCAUGCUGGUUCGGUUCAAGACCACCCUACCUCCGCCAUCGCCACCUCCAAACAUCCCACCUGCCGGUGGCCAUAGUGAUGAGGCGCCGCCAGCUGCUACCACAGCCGAAGUUGCUUCGUGCUCGCACUCCUAGAGCUCAGAGCUUUGAGUUCGUUUUGUCAGGAAAAGAUGAGCUUGCUUACCCUGGUUCGUUCAUGUGGUGCAUCUUAUCCCAGACAGAGUUUUGGAGUCGUUUUAUCAGGUCAAGAUGGACUUGAUUUUUGUCUGCUAUAGUAUGAUUUCCUAUGAGAGUAGCUUGUCGUACUAGGUACUGACGACGGAGGUUUUGGCCUGCGAGCCAUGUGUUUGGGUUAACACACCGUGUACGGUCUGGAGGAUGCUUAAUGCCUAUUACUUUUCUAAAUGGCUAUUGCUGUCAGAA